AUGAUUCUCUUAAAGUUUUAGUCAAAAAGAGAUGAAUUGACAUUAGAAGGAAUUAAAUAAUUUUUAUUUGAUAAAGAGGAAUGGAAAUUCGAUCUUUGUGCGAUUUAUAGGGUACUCUAACAAUCACCUAAGCUGCUAUCUUUUGUUAAACUAAUAAAAUGAGAUUGGUUGGGCAAUUAAAAUGAGAGAAAAUGAAUUCACUGAAGUCUAAAUGCAUGGAGAUAUGAGUUAAAAGGAAAGAGAUAAAAAUAAUUGCUGAGUUCAGUUAAGGAAAUUAAAAAGUUUUGAUUGCUACUGAUGUAAGAGGUAUUUUGCAUUUUCAUUAACAUAGGUCUUGAUGUUUAAUAAGUUUCUUUGGCUAUCAAUUAUGAUUUACCUUCUUCCAGAGAAGUGUACAUUCACAGUAUAAGAAGAUCAGGUAGAUUUGGAAGAAAAGGUGUUGCAAUUUAUUUUUUUAAGAAAGAAGAUGUCAGAAUCCUAAGAGAUAUUGAAUAAUAUUAUUCAACCUAAAUUGAUGAGAUGCCUAUGAAUGUUACAGAUUUGUUAUGA